AUGACCAGUAGGGGGCCUGUGACCUGCCAGACGGAAAAGUCAGCUGUUCAGCCAGGCGGCGCCGCUAGGUUUCAUUUACCCACUUUCCGACACAAUCAAACGGCGGCGGACUUAAUGAUGUCAGCGCGGAGCAAACGCCUCGGCGGCCGUGGCGGGCCUAUGUUCGGGGGCGGGCUAAUGACAGCAGGCUGCGUGGAAGGUGUGAUCCCUACGUCCAGGGUGAAGUUCUUGCUGCGCCUGCUCAGGGGCAGACUGGAGGUGGACCUGGACAAAGACAAGUUGCUGUUUAAGCACAUGUGCUACGAGAUGGAGCGACUGCACAGCGGCGGAGACGUCACCUUCCACGACGUGCUCAGCAUGCUGUCCUAUCGCUCCGUGGACAUUCGUAAGUCCCUCCAGCUGGAGGAGCUGUUGGCCAGGGAACAGCUGGAGUACACCAUCGAGGAGGAGGUGGCCAAGCAGACCAUACGCAUGUGGCUCAAGAAGUGCCUCAAACGCAUACGCGCCAAGCAGCAGCAGUCGUGUAGCAUCAUCCACAGCUUGAGAGAGAGCCAGCAGCAGGAGCUGAGUCGCUUCCUCAACCCCCCCAGCAUCGAGACCACGGUGCCAAGUGAAGACCACAACGCCAACAACCCGGACAACCCCUCUCAGCCUGAGAUGAGCGGCCUCCAGCAGCUGCUCAGCCCCACCUUGUCCGACCGAGGAGGCUACAGGCAGGACUCCUCCGACCUGGGGAAGCCGCAGAGGAAGCUGGGACAGUGGCGGCUGCCUGCAGGUCGCACCAGUGUCAAGUCCAUCGUGUGCAAAAUGAACCCCGUCAACGGCGAGGCUUCCUCGGGUUCCGAGGUCAAGAAGUGGUGGACGCGCCAGCUGACAGUGGAGAGCGACGAGAGCGGCGACGACCUCAUCGACAUUUAG